CUAUAAUUAGCCCACGAGAUUUGAAUAAAAUGCGUCACAGUAAUUAAUUAAUUAGAUGAACGCAGCGCUAAGAAUGAUCACCGGCGCCUAAAAUGCUAGUCAAGGAUGAACUAUGGAAAUUGAGCAUGCGGUAAAUGUGAAACUCCUAUUCUUUGCUCAAUCCAAGGAACUGGCAGGUACCAAGGAGUCUUCCAUCCUAUUGCCAAAGAAGAUCAGCUACCAACAGCUUCUGAACAUUAUUACAGAAAACUAUAAUCUGCAGGCCAUAAGGAAUAAUAUAUUGUUGGCGAAAAACGAGGAAGUCUGUGACGAAAGUUUGGAUAUUGAGAUUAACGAGAGAGAUCAUAUUGCUGUGAUACCGCCACUAAGUGGGGGCUAAUUUGAAC